AUGGGGGCUAAUUGUCAAGAGCUCACUGCCCUCAGUAAUGAAGAUUUGACUCAUACCACCAUGGAACACCAUGACCUGCUAAGCAUUUCUUUUUUGUUUAUUCCAGUCAUUGGCGGCCAUGCUGGGAAGACCAUCAUCCCCCUGAUCUCGCAGUGCACUCCCAAGGUGGACCUUCCCCAGGACCAGCUGACAGCCGUGACGGGGCGGAUCCAGGAGGCCGGCACAGAGGUGGUGAAGGCCAAAGCUGGAGCAGGCUCCGCCACCCUGUCCAUGGCGUAUGCCGGAGCGCGGUUUGUCUUCUCCCUCGUGGAUGCGAUGAACGGAAAGGAAGGCGUCGUCGAGUGUUCCUUCGUGAAGUCCCAGGAGGCAGACUGCGGCUACUUCUCCACGCCCUUACUGCUGGGGAAAAAGGGCAUCGAGAAGAAUCUGGGCAUCGGCAAGAUCUCCCCUUUCGAAGAGAAGAUGAUAGCGGAAGCCAUCCCCGAGCUGAAGGCGUCCAUCAAGAAGGGCGAGGACUUCGUGAAGAACAUGAAGUGAGCGGGCGGCCCGCGGCGGUCCGUCGCCCUAACUCGUGAAAGCAUCGUGUCUCUGUAAAG